AUGUCGACACCGAGAACUCAUCCGACUCUGUCGGCCAUCCUGAUCCUGGCCGUCCUGGCCGCGGUGCUCGCCACGGCCGCUCGCGCCCAGACGUGCGGCUCGCAGGCCGGCGGCGCGACGUGCGCCAACUGCCUCUGCUGCAGCCAGUUCGGAUUCUGCGGCAACACCUCCGACUACUGCGGCACCGGCUGCCAGAGCCAGUGCACCGGCUGCAGCCCCGUCCAGAGGUGCGGCUCGCACGGAUGCCCCUCCCCUACCCCUCCCCCCGGGCCCAGCGGCGAGGGGGGCGUGGCGUCCAUCUUGUCCAAGGACCUCUUCGAGCAGAUGCUCCUCCACCGCAACGACGCGGCGUGCACGGCCAGAGGGUUCUACACCUACGAGGCGUUCCUCGCGGCCGCCGCAACGUUCCCGGCCUUCGGCAGCACGGCGGAGGGGCUGAGCGUCGAGACGCGGAAGCGGGAGGUGGCCGCGUUCCUGGGCCAAACCUCCCACGAGACCACCGGCGGGUGGCCGACAGCGCCCGACGGCCCCUUGACGUGGGGCUACUGCUUCAAGCAGGAGCGCGAGCCCAAGUCGAUCUACUGCGACACCACCAAGCCGGAGUGGCCGUGCGCGCCCAAUAAGGAGUACAUCGGCCGCGGCCCCAUCCAGCUCACCUGGAACUACAACUACGGCCUGGCGGGGCGCGCGCUCAGCUUGGACCUGCUCAACAACCCGGACCUGGUGGCGGCGGACGCGGUGGUGUCCUUCAGGACGGCGCUCUGGUUCUGGAUGACCCCGCAGGCCAACAAGCCCUCGUCGCACGCCGUCAUCACGGGGCGGUGGACGCCCACGGCCGCCGACAACGCGGCCGGCCGCGUUCCCGGGUACGGAGUGAUCACCAACAUCAUCAACGGCGGACUCGAGUGCGGCAUCGGCCCGGACCCCCGUGUGGCCGACCGGAUCGGCUUCUACCAGCGGUACUGCGGCAUCCUCGGCGUCGACACCGGGAGCAACCUCGACUGCUACAGCCAGAGGUCGUUCAACUUAGGUGUGCCAUCGACCGGCCUCGCCGCGCAGUGAAUACGGCCGUUCAACAAUGUGUACUACUAUAAGCGUGUGGAUUUUGACUCGUGUGAUCGGGCCGAUAAGUUUUCGACGGGUUUUGUACUGUGAAAUAAGCUUUCCCGCCUCAGCAAUAAGUUAGUAAUAAAUAGACGAAAAGUC